CCUCGAUUAAUCCACUCUUAAAUUCAAAUUCAUAAUCAUCAAAACACAAAUUCAUCAUCAUCAAUUCAUCAUCUUCUACCAUUUCACUACUUGUGCCAAAACUCAUAGUAACACCUUGUUACAUUAUUACAUUGCAUCAUCAUGAAAUAAUAAUCACAAUAAAAAUUUGUCAAAACACCAAACAAAAGUUGCAUACAAUGAAUCUUAUCAAAACAAUAUUUAUCAUCUUGGCAUAUACAUACACAUUUUCUAUAUCUAUAUCUUACUCACUAACCUCCGAUGGGUUAUCACUACUAGCACUCAAAUCCGCCAUAACCAAUGACCCAACCAACAUUCUAACAACAUGGUCAGAAGAUGACGUCACCCCAUGUCACUGGUCCGGCGUCUCCUGCAGCUCCGACCACCGUGUCACCGCCGUCUUCUUACCAAACAAAAACCUCACCGGCUACUUGCCGUCAGAACUUGGCGCCAUUCUGUCUCUCAAACAUCUUUCAUUGUCUCACAAUAACUUCUCAAACAUAAUUCCGACUCACUUGUUCAAUGCUGUAAAUCUUUUGUCUAUUGAUCUUUCAUAUAACCAGCUCGCCGGAGCUUUACCGGAAAAUAUCAAGAAUCUUGAAGCUCUUACCUUUUUGGAUUUAUCUUCAAAUUUGUUAAAUGGGUCUCUUCCAGAAUCUUUAAGUAACCUUACUAACCUUUCUGGGACUGUUAAUUUGUCAUUUAAUCAAUUUUCCGGCGAGAUUCCGGCGUCUUUUGGGUUGUUUCCGGUUAUGGUUAGUUUGGACCUCCGGCAUAAUAAUCUCACCGGAAAGAUUCCUCUUGUUGGUUCUCUGCUAAACCAGGGACCAACAGCAUUCACUGGAAAUCCAUUUCUAUGUGGAUUUCCUUUGGAAACACAAUGCUCCGACCCGGAAGCUCAAAACCCACGAAUUUUAUCAAACCCGGAUACCCCAAAGAACCCGGGUUCAUCAUCCGGGUUAUCGGGUAAGUCGGGUUCCGGUUCUGGGUCCGUUGCGGUUCCAUUGAUCACAGGUGUAUCUGUGGUUAUAGGGAUAAUGUUUUUUUCAAUGUGGGUUUACAAUAGAAAACGGAAGUUUAAUGAGGGUAAAAUAGGAAAAAAAGAAAUUGAAAAAGAACAAAUUAAUGUAGUUGUGAAUGAUCAAGAAGGGCAAGAUGGUAAAUUUGUAGUGAUGGAUGAAGGGUUUAGUUUGGAAUUAGAGGAUUUGUUAAGGGCAUCAGCUUAUGUGGUGGGGAAAAGUAAGAGUGGGAUAGUGUAUAAGGUGGUGGCCGGCCGCGGUUCGGGUGCGGCGGUGGGCGCAGUGGUGGCAGUGAGACGUUUGAGUGAGGGCGACGGUGUGUGGAGGUUGAAGGAGUUUGAGGUGGAGGUGGAAAGUAUAGGGAGGGUGCAACAUCCUAAUAUUGUGAGGUUAAGGGCUUAUUACUAUGCUAAUGAUGAGAAACUUUUGGUUUCAGAUUUUGUUAGCAAUGGGAGCUUGUACUCAGCGCUUCAUGGUGGGCCCGCAAAUCCUUUGCCGCCGUUAUCAUGGGCCUCAAGGCUAAAGAUUGCUCAAGGAACCGCAAGGGGUCUAGCCCACAUCCAUGAGUGCAGUCCUCGUAAACACGUUCAUGGUAACAUAAAAUCAUCAAAAAUCCUUCUUGAUGAUGACUUGCAACCCUUUAUUUCUGGGUUUGGGCUGAACCGUCUAGUGUCAGCCACUAUCUCAAAGUCCACCUCCCGGAAGCUUAGCAAUUCUAGCCAACAAACGCUCACUAGCUCGAAAAGCACAUCAUCUGCAACAUCUAAUGUGUAUUACGUGGCUCCUGAAGCCCGAAUUUCGGGUCAUAAAUUUACCCCAAAGUGUGAUGUGUACUCUUUCGGUAUUGUCUUGUUGGAGAUGUUAACGGGUCGGACUCCUGAUGGUGGCGGGCUUGAUAACAAUGGGAAAGGGCUGGAGAGUUUUGUGCGGAAGGUGUUUCGGGAAGAAAGGCCGUUGUCCGAGAUUAUUGAUCCGGUGCUUUUGCAAGAAGUUCGUGCCAAAAAACAAGUGGUGGGGGCAUUUCAUAUCGCGCUCAACUGCACCGAGCUCGACCCAGAGGUUAGGCCCAAGAUGCGAAUGAUCUCUGAUAGCCUUGACCGCAUAAAAUUGCAGUGAAUUUUUUUGAACCAUUUGUAUGUGAUUAACUCAAGAGUAGGAGAAAAGACAAAGCUUCUUAGAAGAUAUAUUCCUUUUGGGUUUUUGGCUAAUUUUUUGAAGGUAGUAACUGUAGAAGAUGUUCUUUCCUUUUUUGUACUCUUGGGAUGUAAACUUUGGCUUAGCAUUGGAGAAAUAUUAAUGUUUUAGAUUAUGUAAUUAAAGUUAACUAAAAGGGGUGUUCUUUGAAGGUA